AUGGAUCCUGAUGUUCUACGUGUGCUGGAAAGAUUCACUACAUUCUCAGAUGAUGGUGGCUAUGAAAGUAUUCAAAUCGUCAUGGGCUGUGGUUUUCACCAAGAAAUUUUUAUUGAUUUCGGUAAUAACCAUUUAAAGGGUAAACCUGAUCUUAUCGCAGGAGUCCUUGAUUUAGGAAGAAGAGAAUAUUCUUUUCUAAAACAAUUACGUGGUGCUGGACAAGAUAAAUUUUCCUAUUGCUUGGAGAUAUAUAGCGAGAAUAUUUACGCAAGCAGCACAUAUUUAACUUUUGGUGAAGAUGCGAUAAUUGGUGGCCAAGUACGUAAAACUCCCAUUGUUGUGAACCCCUUUCAGCCAUCGGGUUAUUACAUAAAUCUAGAGGAUAUCAGUGUUGCCGACGAAAGUGCAGGUUUUGUAAGCGCAGAUUUUAAGAUUAAAGAUGAUGGGUCAGGCGGUUGCCUCGUAGAUUCUGGGGCUCCAUAUACGGUAAUGUAUAGAGAUCAUUUUAAUAGAGUUGCAACUAGGGAUGGUCAUGGUGCGGGGGCAGAUUAUGUUGUUUCGGAGAGGGCUUCUCUGUUUGUGGAACUGCGUGGAAAUAUUUGUUUACUUAUUGGUGCAUUGGAAGUUACUACUAAUAUGCAGGCUGUGGUUUUAGGAGCAUUACAACAAACUAAUAAGAGGCUUUUGUACAAUAAUAUGAUUCGGGAACUCUCAUUUGCUGAUGAGAUAUGCCGAUUGCAAAAAUGA